UCUGACAGUUAUGUGAGACUAAUGACAGUAUCUGCACGAUUUCGAGAAGUACUUCAGUUACCUGUAUUAUUCUCUUGAAUAUUGUAAUAAUACUAAAUUCCACGAAUUUAAAACUGGCUAUGAAUAAGGAACACUAUGCUGAUUCAUAUACGGAACUGAGAUAAACCCCAUUAGUUCAAAAUGACCAGUUUUCCGCCAAUACGAAUAAGAUUGACAAAAUUUGUUUAGUGACUUCGAUUAUAUCAAAGUUUUAGUGAAAAUGGCGCGACUUGGCGGCAAGAAAUGUCGAUUGCUGACCAUGUUGUGGAUGACCAUGGGUUUCUUCCUGGUAGAAAUUGUUGUAGGAUACAUCACAAAUUCUAUGGCGCUGGUAGCCGACAGUUUUCAUAUGCUUAGUGAUGUAGCAGCACUCAUAGUGGCUUUCCUCUCAGUAAAAAUGUCCCCGAAGAAAUGGUCAAAAAACACUUUUGGUUGGGCUCGAGCUGAAGUGUUGGGGGCUUUAGUCAAUGCAGUAUUCUUAGUAGCAUUAUGCUUCUCGAUAACAGUAGAAGCUUGCAAGAGGUUCAUCGAAGUGGAGGCUAUACACGACCCAAAGUUACUGGUGGUGGUUGGAGCUUUAGGGUUGCUAGUAAACCUGAUUGGUUUACUUUUGUUUCACGAACAUGGCGGCUCUCAUGGGCACUCGCACGGUCGCCUGUCACACAGCCGUAACCGCCUCACGCAGUUGGCGGUGACGGACGACAACGAGAACGACGAGACUUACCCCAGUCCCCCGCCGCCACCACCGCCACCGACGGUCAAGCAGAACUCGCACGGUCACGCCCACUCUCAUUCAUCCGGCCAGAUGAACAUGAGAGGGGUCUUUCUACAUGUUCUGUCGGACGCUUUAGGCUCAGUUAUUGUGAUAAUAUCGGCUGUUGUUUUCUGGUUGACUGACUGGAAAUACAAAUACUACAUAGAUCCAUCUCUUAGUAUAGUUUUAGUUAUUUUAAUUCUCCACUCUGUUUGGCCCCUGCUGAGAGAUUCUGCACUGAUUCUUCUCCAGACGGUACCAACGCAUAUACAAGUUGACGCCAUCAAGGGACGCUUGUUGGCUAACGUAGAUGGGGUUUUAGCGGUACAUGAAUUUCAUGUAUGGCAACUGGCUGGUGAUAGGAUUAUUGCUUCAGCCCAUAUAACAUGUCGCAAUUUAUAUGAAUACAUGAAAAUUGCUGAAAAGGUGAAAGAGUUCUUCCACAAUGAGGGAAUUCAUUCUACCACUAUCCAACCAGAGUUCCUAGAUGUUCCAUAUCCGAACUCUGAGGAUGACCAGCAAGACACCGAAGACUGCGCACUACAUUGCCCUAGGAUUACAGACAGCGAGAACUCCUGUGUUCUCAACACUUGUUGUGGACCUUCCCGACAGGGCCGGGACACCCCAUCGCCGAACGCGACGCCAUACAUGUGCCGCCAAAGGAGCACCCUGAGCAUCCCUGCAAGCCUUCAACAGAUGAAUGAAAUGGAAAAGGGAGUUCUUUUGCAGGAACACGAGAACUCUUCUCAAUGCGAAUGCGACCGAUCGCAAAAUCCGUGGAUGUAUGCCGGUCAGUCCCACUCGCAGUCCUGUGACAAAGUGUGUUCAUAAUCAUACCGACGAAAGUGCUAGUGGGUUUGUUGUUCAGUUGUGGAAAUGAAGAUAACGACAAAUUGAGGUAUUAUCGGACGGAAUUUCGUAACGUGUACUCUUCAAUUGAAAAAUUAUAAAAUGACUGAAUGAUUUUAUGUGAACAUAUGUACAUUAUUGUUUCAGAUCGAUAAAAACUAUACAUAAAAAGUAAUGAAUAAGACUUAAAAUAGCAAGAACGCAUUGUGGUAGUCUUACAGGAAAUUCUUCCAUCAAUUUCCUUGGCGCUCAUGCAAUAUAUUUCAUCUGUCGUUAUUGGAGCAGUCCAUUCUAUUAAAGAGGAAUGGAGGCAAAGUUACUUCAUUAGAAUUAAAAGUAUGAAAUAAUCACCAAAAAAUAGCGAAUUCUUAUUGUUUAUAACUAAUAAACUUAUUCUCAAAAAAGUUUUUUGAAUUUACCUUCUUUUUAUUCACAUAUAGAAAUCUAAUUUAAUAGCAUGAUGCUGAAUAAAUUCCCUGUUGCAGUUUCAUUAAUUUCUAAUGAAUCAUUUCUUUUGGCAAAACGACUUGACAAGUACGAAUACUAAUUUCCCAAUGAUUCCUGAAACAUUUUAACUUAUUUUGUAAAAUUACAUAUUUAAUUUAAUAAAAAUUAAUAGUUAUAAUUGGCAAAAAAUAUACAUGUUACAUCAAAGCAAGACCUUAUUUUCACACAGGAUUUGCUUGGUUUUUCUUAAACAUAUUUUGAUGAAGAUCUUUAGGCGGCUGUCCAUGUUUUCAUACUCAGAUAUUUAAUCUUUGAAACGGUUUUCAUUUUGAAAUUCCAUAAUUACAAACGCAAUUCUACCAUGAUGAAAGUUGAAAUUUCAGAGUAAUGGGCAUAUUUUAAGAGGCAAAGUGAAAUCUUGCAGACGCCACUUAUUUGUUAAAUUCUGAAAAUUAGAACUAACCAAAGAUAAAAUGUUUUAGUAUUAUUUUUCAUUUCACCCUCAAAUUUGGAUAUUUCCAAGUAUUUAAGGGGCUAAAAAAUAAAUAUGCCUAGGUAAUUUUUUUAUUUUGCUGUCGAUUCUAUUAGAACAAAUAAGAACUGAGAAAUAUAUGUACAAUACAUAAUCAUUUAUUACUAUGACCGUGCAGUGAAUACCAAAUAGAAUGUAUUUCCUUUGAUAAUUCUAUUAUAUUUGAUUAUUUUCAAAACAAUGUUUGAAUACAGCUUAAAAUUCAAUUGAAAAAUAAUUAUAUAAAGUAAUUCUAAAAAUUAUCUUCCAUCUAGUCCAGUAAAUUAAUAUUUUACAUAGAGAGGGUAUCACACAACGAGAAGAUUAAUUUAUGUGGAUGAGAUUGAGAACUCAAAUAUUACGGGGUUGAAAUAUAAUUAAACUCCACAGUGAUUGUUAUUUAUUAUAAAUUCUAAUAUGUCCUUUGGAAUAGAAAAAUUAAAUAAUUGUAACAUUUUUUAAACAAAAGCUUAUAUACAGAAUAAAGUGAUACCUCAACAAGU